GUAUGGCGGAGGAGGGCGGUGUGAAUGAGCCGGAGGAGCUGGAGACGCGGCUACUCGCUCUGUCCGGCCGCUACGCGAGCGAGGAUCUGCGGGCCGACAGCCGGGCGUUCUGCGCCGACUUCUGCGAGCUGGUGGAAGAGUUUGCCUCUCGCUGGCAGGUGCCACUGCCUCAGCUCAGGAUCCUCGAGACGGCUGUCCGCUACUUUUCCCGAGCCUCGACCUUCUUCUCGUCAAACUGUGAUCACGUGCUCCACACACUCAGCAGCCUGGCAUUGAGUGUUUUUGAGCUGCUGCUGUUCUUUGACCAGAAGGACUUCCACCAGGAACCACUGAAACACUUCACUGUCACAUUCCAGGAAUGUAAUUUGGUCCUUGCGAGGCAUCAGAAUGUCCACUUACUUCAGGUGGAGCGGUUGGUUCAGGGCGACGGGCCUUGGGCCGACUCAGUCUUACAGGCGAUCCUCAGUGAGUCCAGUUUACCUCAGAAUGAAGUGGACGGGUGCAUCAGCGCUGAGCUGCCGGUGUUCUUUGAGCUCCGGGUGCGCUACCUUUUGUCCUGUGAGCGGGUCAGCGAGGCCAUGGCCCUGGCUAGGUGCUGUGCUCGGCAUCCCAUGGCAGGCCGGCACUUGUUCUUCCUCCAGGUCUACCUCACGUGGCUUUACAAAACGUCACAGCAUGACCGCCUGCAUAAAGAGAUGGAUGAUGUUAAUAGCGAAGAUGCUGUUCACAUCAUCUGUAGUUUGGAGUGUGAGGAACAGGAUGACUUGUUACUGGGCCUCAGCAGAGCCUUCCUCUCCCAGCAGCUCCGCAGGGGAGACGUGUACUAUUUGUGUGAUCUUGUCUUCAUUUGGAGUAAACUUCACAGUCGGUUGGACACAUCCGAGCAAGCUCUACUCGAGGAGAGUCAUCAGCUGGUGCUGUCGGCCACCAAUGUGAACUCGAUCUUUCCAUUCAUGAGAGCCAUACUGCAGGAGCUGGGUGAAGAUGGUAAACAGUUCUGUGUGGAGCUUUGUACUAAUGCCCUGGAGUCUUGCCUUCCCUGUGAUGUCGUCACCAAGUCCCUAAUCUACAAAACCAUUGCUGGCCUGCUUCCAAAGGACCUGGAGGUUUGCCGGGCGUGCGCUCUCCUCGUCUUCUUCCAGGAACGCACAGUCGAGGCCUACAAGAGGGUGUACCUUCUUUACAUGCAUCCCGAUCAGGAGUACCACGUGGAGUACAGCCCCAUCGGGAAUCAUGUUCGCUUUGAAAUGCUCCAGGUCUUGAAGAAAGAUCUCUACUUUGACCCAGAGUUUUGGAACCUCAUUGCUUUGCGGACCAAUUGUUUGAAAUUGAUGAGCGAGAAAGUGGUCAGUGCUGCCCUUGAAGAAAUCAUGGAGGACAAAUGGAUCUCUAACUAUUCCACCAAAAAGCCUGCUUCACGGUCGAGUACAUGUCGGAGAGGAAAGAAAAGGGCUCUUCAGGCAGCAGCAAAGAAGCGGCACCAGAGAAAUGAUUCUGACACUGUAUCCAAAAGACUAAAGGUGGGCCCGGGAAAAACACAACUAAAUGAUGAUCAUGCUGUAACGACGAAAGGCGCCCAGGGGUUACGACCUCUGAAGGACAAAUCAUCAGAACCUUUGAGACGUUCAUUUUGGCGGCUAGACAGAAUACAAGACAACGUCACCAUUAGGUAUGGAGAACACAGACGCAUCACACGGCUCUCCGAGAAGAACCCACCAAAACGAAGGAUUAGAAAACCCAGGUGGCUUCUGGAAGACUCGGCAGCUCUUAAAAAGAACAAUGUUUCUGCCGAUAUCAAAAAGCACGAGUUGAGACAUCAGCAGCAUCAUCAAUCUUCUGAAACCGGUCAGAUCAGGAACAAUGCAAAACACAAAGCACCAGUAAACUCUCAUUUAGGCGGAAGGGAAAUCAACAAGCACCAGAGAGGGUUUUCUUUGGAUUAUGUUGAACCAGCGCAGCCUCCACAAAUCAUUCUUGAGCUCUCCUUACCAGACAAUGAGCUGAUGGGUUCGUUUACAGAUGAAUCUGGCAACAGACAGAGAGGAUUUCCUCAAGUUCUUCUUUACAAGUCCACAGUGAAGCUUCCUGCCACAUCACAACCCGUGAAGACUGUCCAUCGCAAGGAGGUUGUUCUAAGAGCGAGGGAUGCCGCCAUGUUUGUAAAACAGCUGCACUGUUACGCUCGCCGCCAGAAAGGAAAGGGACAUGGAUUGACUGUUCACGGCUCAGUAUCAACUAUCACACGUUCCUCUGUGCAGGGAAGUCCUCCUAAAGAUGCACAAAGACGGCGCUGUGAAAAGCCUGAGGGGAAAGGUGCCCCUCGGACACUAUCUGAAGUUUUAGAAAAAGUCCAUCCAGUUUCACGAAAGACGUCUGCAGCAAGAGAGACUGCUGACGCUCCACAGACACCAGCAGGGGCCAAAGGGACAAAAUCUCCAGUCUCAGACAAGGCCCCUCAACCUGCAGGCAAAGGGAAAGUGUUACGCAACAUUUCUUCAGCAAGAGAUAAGUCUGCUGUUGAAAGGAAAGCUACCACUGCGUCACAGACAUCAGAAGAAACUGACAGAACAGAAACCCCGGUGUUAGAUAAGAUCAUUCAAGCUCAAACAGUGUCUGCAAGAGAGCUCUGCGAAGAACCUGCUGUUGAAAUGAAAGUCACCAUUGCCUCACAAACCUCCGCAGCAGCCAAAGUGCCACAGUCCCCAGGUUUAAGUAAAUGUAAAGCACAAAGUGAAGAAGACCUCCCCAGAAUCACUGCUUCAUCCAAGAUGACCACUGCAGACAACAAGCAGAGAACAGCUGGGGACCAAACCCCCCCGGUCUCCGCCGAGGCCUAUAAUUCAAACCCUGCAGAUGCAGAUCCUUCACCCUCUCAGACCCAAGAUGGUGUUCUCAGAGACGGCGAAAAGGAACAGAUGUCACUCUCCUCGCUGGCUGAAAAGAUUCCUGUUGCCAAAGCAAAAGCAGACACUCCAGAGGUGCUAAACACAGUCUGCAACAACAUCGCUGAGGCGGACUUGCAUCCACCUUGUGAGAGGGACACAAUCCCCAGAGGAAACAUGGUCACUCUAAGUAAAGGAUCAGAGCCUCGGGCUGUUUAUUCGCCUCCAGACCAGGAGGCUAUGAAUGACAUAUCUGCUCUGACGUUAGUAACAGAGAUGGUUACCGAACAUGCACCUGAGGCGCUUGCUCGAGAUCUGGAGAACGACAAACCGCGAGCUCCAGAGAAUAGUGCCUCCAAGGCUUCAACAGUUAAAAGUAAAACUAAAGUACCUCAUAAUAUCCGGUCUACCUCCAGCUGCUCUGUAUCGGCACAGGAAGCCUCCACAGUCAGUGAUGUGCAACUGAACAAAGGGACAACGGCAACUCAGGAUAUUGAUUCAGAUGGAUCCAAUAGCAGUGAGCCAGAAACAGAGGAAUCUAAGUUGGAGUUCAGUUGUACUUUCUGUGACAAGUUCUUUAAGGGAAGUCGUGUCGUGUCACACGCAAUGUUCCAUUAUCGAAGAGAUGAGUGCAUGUUUUGCAGGACGACGUUCAAAGACGACCUCUUAGCCAUGAUGCACCUGUCUGCUCACAUAGAGAAGCUAAAGAAGAGCAAGGACCAAGAAAACCGGGUCUCUGAGACCAAAGGUAUUUCCACACCGAAAAGCUCCGCCAAAGAUAACACCGCGAAUAUGUCGCCUGCUCGCCGUGGGAGGGGGAGGCCGAGGAAAUCUGAUUAUGUUCCUGAAUCAGCAAGUCCUCAAGAUCCAAGGCCCCCUGAAUCCAGAAAGUUGAGAUCGAAAGACAAGCCAGCAGAUGAAAAACCUCCACGAGAAAAGACACAAAACACUUCAAACCACCUUAAUAGUGAAACUCCUGUUCAUAAAGUCAAUGGUCAUAUUGGAAAAAAUAAAGAACUUGGACACGUUGCCAAAAAGAAAGAGGUUGUCACAGCGAGAAGGGAUUUGGAAGCGGAGCAGCCACUUCCACAGCAGGAGAAGUCCCAGGAAAGAGCCAGUGAUGAAUCUGAGAAUCAUGAGUCGUCAGAAAACGAAGAUAAAAAGAUAAGAACUGAAUCUCUGCCGUUCCUGAAGGCUACCGCAAAAGAGAGGAACGUGGAGCCACAAGAGAAAGUGAGUUGUCCCGUGGAUGGAUGUGUUUGGUUUAAAGACUUGUCGAAAAAGCGCGUUGCCCUCCUGUACCACGCUCUGGAUGAUCACCACGGGGAGCUCAAACCUUUAGAGCUGGCGUUCCGUGUGGGAAACAGUAGAUGUUCUAUUUGCAUGAGGGUUUUGUUUAGUUUCAAACACUUUCAGCAUCACGUCGAAAGGCACAGAGUCUCUCCUCGGCACCCGUGCCUUCAUGAGGGCUGUCCGGCCCGGUUCAAAUCAGGAAUGGAAAUGAGACGCCAUGCCAGGAGGCACAAUCCGCUGCAGGCAGUGUGCUGCCUCCCUGGUUGUUCUCAACUAUUUAUUUGUCUCUGGGCACUAAACCUUCAUGAACGAGAGCACUACACUUCCAAACCGACAACACCACACAAGAUGACGAGUGAGGAAAAAGGCAACAAACAUAAUAACACAGCAGUUGGGAAGAAACCGCAGCAUAAUGAGCCAAAAGAUGCCACCGCUCUGAAUAAGAGUUUGAAGGCUGUUUGUAGAUUAAGAAGACGGGCUGCACAUAAGUCGUCAUCGAGAAAACACUCGAGAGCUCCUCUCUCCAGUGACAGGGACUUGAAUGAGAGAAAUGAAACCGAGGAUUCAAAUGUCUUAAAGAAUCUGUCCAACAAAGACACCUCUGCACAGCCGACUGUUCCAAAUCUGAGAUUAAGACAAACGUUAAGGAAAGUAUCAAGUACAACCAUGGCAGCUCGUAAAGUCAUCUCAUCGUCGGUGUUAAAACGCAAAAACAAAGCGAGGCACAAGUUCAACAAGAAGCAGGUGAAAGUAAACGCAGACGUUCCCAAGAGAAGAGGUCGUCCUCCGAAAUUAAAGAAACCCGUGCAUGAUGAAAACACGUCUACUGGUCAAAACAGUGAAACCCUCAUAGAAAAAACGGCUUUGCAAAACGAUCCGAAGAAUCCAGCUGAGCUUUCAAGUCCGAGUCCCAAAGCAGCAAUGGCCUCAGAUGUUAGCGACGGUACAAAAGAACAAGAAGUUAACAAAACUACAAAAACAUCACUGAAUGAAUCAAAGUGUAAGAAAUCAGUGAACAAGCAGAUUAAGAAGAGUCACGUCAGUUCAAAUCCAUCAAUCAGCAGGACCUCAGCGGACAAGACACGGAAGUCGACCACUGACAAAGUGAAGAAAGUCCACAAGGCGAAAAAGCGCUCCUCUCUAGAAAGUGGUUUCCAAAGUGCUGCUUCAAAUUCCAGCGAGUCAAAGAAGCGCAAGGUUACAAAGAGCAAAGUGGACACAAAGACAGAGUCUGAUUUGAAAGAGACCACCGAGGUGAUAUCUGCUGCCCAACAGGUUGAAGCCACAGCAGUCGUCGUAGAUGAGGAUGGAAAAGCAACAACAGAAAACAAAGACUUGACGCAUAACUGCACCGGUGAGUCUGUGCCUCCUGUUGCAGCGAAUGAUUUGGCAAAUACACCUUCAGCCACAUCUGGAGAAGCAACCGAGGAGAAAUCAACAAAACCGCACCUCACGAAAAACGAGAGACCGAAAGAGAGUAAAACUAAAACGGCUUCUUCAGGCUCGGACAAGGUCAAAAAGAAUCAGAAAGAUGUUAAUAAAAAGCAAGACAAUAAGACUGUCCAGGAGAAACGGCCACGCAAGGACCCGAGCAAAACACCUGCAGUGAAAAAGAAAUCAAAAUCUGUAGUUCAACCAGAGGAUGGAGCUAAAGCAGCAGCAACAGCAUUGGAGAAGAGCGAUCAGAAUGAGGAGGGCAAAGACAAGGAAGAUCCAACUCUUUCCAGCUCUUGUUCCUCAGCCCCUGCAGAUACCAGCAGCUCGAAUGAGAAGACGUCUGCCACUGAAGGGAACUCGCAUAAAGUAAAAUCACAGAAAAAGUUAAAGAAGAACUCUGACCCAAACAAAGAAAGUAAGAAGCGUACGAGGGUUCCCAAAGAAGGUCACACAAAGAGUAUCAAAAGAUCUAAAGGUGACCGUGUCCCAUCAGCAAAAACGUCUAAAACUGAAGUCAAACCAUUCACUGAGGUCAAAGCCGCGGGCGAGGAGAGCUCUGUAGGCCAGGAGGGAACGGCUUCAGCGGAAACACCACCUUGUCCAAUCAGUAGCUCUGGCUACUCUGUCAUUAACAGAAAAGCACCGGAUCAAGUCGUGAAAUCAUCGGUGUGCAAGGAAACGCUCGCCUUGUACGGUAAGAAGCCCUACAUGCGUCUGCCGCCCACGGCGUACCUGGACGAGAAGUACAUCACCAUGCCAAAGCGGAGGAAGGACAUGUCGCCGUUCGAGACGACUCAGAGGAGCCCGCCUCCGGGACUCGCCUCUGUGGCGGCAGCGCAGCCGAGACAACGAUGUGCCAAGUGUUUCGCUACGUUCACCAGUGCUGAGGAGCUGCAGGCUCAUCUCCAACUGCAGAGGUGCUCCAACCUGUUUGGGUUCGACUCGGACGAUGAAGGCAACAGUUGAACAGAUGUGAUCCAGUCUCAGCGGAUCAUCGUCUCGACUGCAGAGCGGACCGACCUGUGGACCUGCACGAAGCCCCGGACGGGUCAUACCUCAACAGACUCUUCUCUGAUUGACUUGUUUUUUGUCAUUUGGACAAAGACUCCUGCAUCAGGCGUUGACGCGGGAAGCCGAGAACUGAAACUUGUGCGACCUGACGUUUGCUGCAGCAUGUGCCUGUUAGCGCGAGGGAGCGGCAGGAACACAUCACACAGCCAAUCAGUGAAAAGGGACUACUGACCUGGACCCCAGUCAGACUGUCAGCAGACAGCUGGUACUGAAGUGCCUGCUCUGGAAGCGCCCCGGCUGCCUCGAGCGGCUUCGACUGGUUUGGAGGUGAAGCCUUCAAAAGACGGGGCUCUUGAAAUCUGUGAAAAAAAGACCUGAUGCUCGAUGGACAGGCUGCUCCUGCUCCCACUAGGAUUCAUAUUGUUCACAUCAGUAAGCCAUAUCAUGACACUUUUGCUUUUUGCACUCUUCCCACGAAAUAUCUUCACCUUUGUUCUGCUUAAUUUCUUAUCAUGUUAUUUUAACAUCCUGAGGUUACUAAUUUAACGUAGAGUCUGAACUUUGAAAGAUGUAAGAUUUCUAUAUCAAUAUCUAACUUGAAAGGUUUUUAUGUAUAAUCAUUGUUUAAAUAAUUUGUUAUCACCCGCGGGGUUGAUUAGGUCUGUUCUGCUUGUUGUCAUCAUCAGGAACCAGUAGGGGUCAGCGUGCACCAAUCUUCCUUUCCACAUUAUUUAACUUUUAUUUUUCCCUUUUACGAAACAAUUUUAUAUUGAUGGAAUCUUUUGCAAACAGUCAAAUUUAUACAUCAACAUUAGCUCCAUUGCAUUUGUUUCAAGAAAUGCUUCGUCUUCCAGUCCCAUCCAUUGACUUAUUUCUUUUUAGCCGAAAAGACUUCCAAAUGUGCCAGUAUCCCACUAACACUCUGCCGGAUCUGUCACUAAUCCGCUCUGCUAUCGUUCACCGUCAGUGGAGCGGCUGAUGUUUUGGCUUCUGUGAUAUUUUCUCACUUUAAUCUAGAUGUUAAAUCUUUCUGUCCCCAUCUUUACUGAACUGUACAAGACCAUAGAACCAUUGUGAUUUCUCUUUUAGGCUGAAUGUUGUCUUUCAGGAUUCCUCCAGAGAGGAAGAGAGACGUGGCAGUCAAACUACCGCAGUUUUAAGUGUAAUUAAGGAGGAGGCAGCCUGAGUCUUUAAUGAGCAGCAGCAGGUUAUAUUUAUUUAUGUUAUUUUCUAUCUUUUGUAAAUAUUUGAAGAGUUUCAAUGGCUUAUUAUAAAAAGGGGAUGUUGGAGUUGGGUUUAUAUUUUGUCCUUUGAUGAAAAAAUAAAACUUAUUUCAAUUCUG